ACAUCGAAGCAGCCUGGCAUUUAGUUGGCUACAAUCUGGCAACGCUCUCUGUGUCAGCUAAACACAAAAAACUAAAUCGAAUUUUGCUGCAACUUCGCUACAAGAUGAGUCAAUACGUAGGGAAAGCCAAUGCGCUGGCUAAGACUCUUACUGCGCUGGCACGUCCGCCACUGAAGGAAUUCUGGAAAUAUGCCAAAGUGGAGCUGUCGCCCCCGCUGCCUGGAGACUUUCUGAAGCUGCAGAAGAGCCUGAAGGAAUCCACCAAAAAUCUAAAGACUAAUGUCAAGGCCUCGGGCGGACGUCUGGGCCAGGUGACAGUGCGUGAGGCCUGGCUGAAUGUUUUGGUUACCGUUGAGAUCGUCUCGUGGUUCUACAUGGGCGAGGUAAUUGGACGCCGUCACUUUGUGGGCUACAAGGUCUAAAACAAAAGCAUGCAAAAAUGUUUCCUCAAUUGUUUCAGACACAAAACACAAACAGACAUAAACUUACAUGCAUC